UCACUUUUGCCCAUCCAGGGAAGCGUCUAUUGACACUCAGCACGGAGCCGUGGGCCCCAGCAGAGGGGCUGGCAAUCUCCUGGUCAGAGCAAGACUGAAAAUUAGCUCAUCUGAUGACUCAGAUUAAGCUCAGGGGGCUUUAGGAGCAAACAACCUGCUUUUCAUUGUGUGAUCAGGACGAAGGAGGACCACCGCCGCCGCCACCGCCGCCAUGGAAGCUCUUCAGCAUUGCCUGCUGCUCCUGCUUUCUGUGCUCCUGCUCUCAACAAAUAGCGAGGCGUUGACGUGCUACACCUGUAUGGGCUCCAAUAACGACGACUGCAACCGGCAAGGCUCCAAAUCCUGCCCCAGUUAUUCUGACGCCUGUGCUGCGGUGGUGGGCCAUGACAGCGGCGUGAUGAAGUCCUGCUCCUACAAGUCUUUCUGCAGUCAGGCCAACAGCCAGGGCUACAGAGCGCCGGGUGUGAGAGUCCACUGCUGUUACACCGACGACUGCAACGUCACAAGCUUCGCCCGUCGAGUGCCUGGACUCAGCUAUCUGCAGCUGUCCCUCCUGUUGUUGUUCCACUGCUUGUUUAAGCAGGCACAUGGUUCAGCUUAACGCACCUCCAACACAAAUGCCAACUACUUUGCCAAAAAAAAAAACAAAACAAAAAGACAAAAACAUACAAAACA